AUGUGGGUCACAACAGCAGAGUAUGUUUGUCCGGACGACCGAGUCGAGUAUCGCAUGGCGGCGUACAUGCAGUGGUACCACAAUGUGCACACGACAGCGACCCCUUGGCUUUUCCCAAUUGCCUUGAUUGGCCAAACGAGCUCGGUGUACGUCACGCUGGCCGUGACGUUCGAGAGGUACAUAGCUGUGUGUCUGCCCCUGAGGGCCAGGUCGCUCUGCACCUACGGCCGGGCCAGGCUCUACAUCCUCACCAUCGUCCUUUUCUCCAUACUCUACAACGUGCCACGGUUCUUUGAGGUCACAACAGCAGAGUAUGUUUGUCCGGACGACCGAGUCGAGUAUCGCAUGGCGGCGUCGGAGUUGCGACAGAAUGUAAUUUACAUUCAAGUGUACAUAACUUGGAUGUACCUGGUCGUCAUGUUCAUUCUGCCCUUCUCGGUCCUGGCUGUUUUCAAUUUCUUCAUCUAUGUCCAAGUCCGGAAAGUGAACCGAGAAAGACAACAGCUCAGCACGAUCCAGAAGCGAGAAAUCAGCCUGGCAGUGAUGAUCCUGAUCGUUGUUGCCGUGUUCUUUGUGUGCAACACAAUGGCAUUGAUCAUCAACAUCCUCGAGAUCAACGAGGCGCCUUCAAUGAUCGACAUCCUCACGCCCAUCAGCAACCUCCUCAUCACCAUCAACUCCUCCGCCAACUUCGUCGUCUACUGCAUUUUUGGCAAAAAGUUCCAACGCCUGCUGCUCAACAUGUUUUGCGCCAAGAUACUAUCCAGAUUCUCUUCUCAAGACAACAAUUACCUGUACGAAGAGUCGCACUAUCACCCGGCCAACACGACGGGGUUCGGCCAGAACCCCGGGUCGGGCAUUCCGUUGGGUCGGUCGGCAUCUUCUGGACAACGACCCAGUGCCACCACCUACGUGACCUAUCAUCGCGGGAGCCGAGCGUCGCCUCCGCAGCGCACAGUGUUUGCUGCGGCGAGGUCAGGGGCAUCGUCCGGAAGUCGGCAUUCCAUGAACAACGGAAAUGGAAGUACGUCAAACACUGCAAGAACUUCGCUGGAUUCCUCAGCAAUUAUAAAGUCUAGCGUGCGACGCGAAAGCGAAGAUUGUUCUGAGCUUGGGUCAAGUUUUGGUCAACACCUGAAUGUUCCACAGCAGCAGCAGCAGGGACUCACUAAUCGAUUCAGAGAUCGGAAAUCACGGUCGAUCACAAGCUGCACCAGCGCAGACGAAAACGUCGACAACUCCCUGUUGUGUCCGAAUCCGCUCGACUCGUCGUCGUCCGACAUCUUGUUGCUGCAAAGGUCGCCUUCUUCGCACAAUAACGCCGACGAUUGA